AUUGCCAUUGAGAUGAACUGGGACUGUAACUUGGGCAGCUGGUUUUACGACUGCAGUCCAAAGUAUGGUUUCCACCACCUUGAUGACAAAAAAAUAAAGCCUGGAUUCCACUUCAGAUAUGCAAUGUACUACAAGCUACCACAUGGGAAGGAGCAGAGAACCCUUUUCAAAGUCUAUGGAAUAUGGUUUGAUGUCCUUGUCUUUGGCACAGGUGGAAAAUUUAACGGCAUUGAACUCAUUAAAAACAUUGGGUCCAUGAUCUCCUAUUUUGGUUUGGUUGUGAGUACCACUGCAAUUGCUACUUGGGUAGGUAGUUGCUCCAGCUGCGGCAAAUCACCAUUCUACAAAAUUUACAACAGAAAAAAGUCUGAGACUGUGCUGAAUCCAAGACAGGUGAUGUAUGUGUGCUAUGCUGAUGAGCCACAUGUUACCUUGAUAAAGAAGCCUUUGAAAACAAGCUCACAGCCUGCUCAAGGCAGCAUUGUUGAGAGCCACCCUGUGAAAUUCUGUGAUGCUGGCAGCUGCUGCACCAGCGAGUCCAACGAGAACCAUGAUAAUGAAGAAUACGAGCUGGGGCGACCUCUCAGACAAGGGGCCUCUUCCCCAGACUGCCAAAAGUGGUGCUGCUGUGGCAAAUGCCAGCCAACACAGAAGUACCAUGAGCAGCUCUGCUGCCGAAGGAAAAAAGGGCAGUGCAUCACAGCCUCCCAUUGCUUUCAGCAGCUGGUGCUGUCCAGUCGCGCUCUGAAGAAAGCCCUUUUCUACAAAGACCCCUUUCUGGACUCGACAGAUGGCAAUAUCAACAACCAGCUGCAUCACCUUGCUUACAAGCAGUACAUUCACUGGCACUUGGGCUUUUUUGAUCUGGAAGACAGAGCCAUCAUUCCAAGCUGCUGCAGGUGGAAAAUUAGAGAUACUUGUCCCAAAGCAGUCAACAACUAUACUGGUUUUUAGAUGGAAUGA